AUGUGCAAUAUAUGUAAGAAAAAAUUCUCUCGGAAAGCAGAUCUCGACCGACAUUACAGACUCCACACUGGCGAAAAUUCUUAUGUUUGUGAAAUAUGUGGAAAAUUAUUCAGUCAGCAAUCGAAUCUCAUCACUCAUUAUCUAUACAACACAGGAGAAAGACCUUUCGUGUGCAACGUCUGCAAUAAAGGUUUUGCUCAUAAGGUGAUCUUAAUACAGAUGUUACGAAGCAAACUGGAGAAAAACCUUAUAAAUGGUCGGUUUGUGAAAAGGCAUUCAGGACAAGCAGCCUUUGCAAUGCGCAUCGCAGGAGAGAACACAAGGCUAGUUCGCUGCAACAUAAGAGGCACUAAUUACACUCAAAUUUUAGAAAGUAAUGUGAUCCUUGUAUUGCAAGACAGAAAAUUCCUCGCUUUAACAAUAUUCAUGCAAAAAGGAGUACCACCUCACAUUGCUCAUUGCGUUACACAACUGCUUCACCAAACUUUUAGUGAGGAUCGUGUAGUUAGCAGAUGUUUCCCAAAUGCGUGGCCACCUCGUUCACCUAAUUUGAAUCCUAGCGAUUUCUGGCUGUGCGGAUAUUUAAAAGAUAGUGUCUACGAGGACAAACCUAACUCUGUUGAAAAAUUAAUGGCUCCUUACUUGUGUCCGUAUUGUCGCAGAAUGGUGACAUACAACGAUAAUCACCCUUGUUACAUUUAUAUGAUCGAAGACUAUGAAAACUCAUUACGGCAGCCUAACGAAUCAAAUGAAAGGAAUUCAAAAUACAACUAUGCCAAAUUUCCUUUAACUUUGAAUGACAGUUCAGGAAAUUUACCAAACGAAAAUGAAAGGUGUAAAUAUCUUAUGAAUGAUUUUGAAAUCACAUUUUCCGGAUCAGGUGGUACUGACAUUGAAAAUCAAAGAGGAUCAGAUGUAUCAGACCAGAUCUAUGCAACAACUGAUGACGAAUACAAAAUGUCUCUUGAAGAUAGCAAAUCUCGGUCUUUGAAUAAAGAUAAAAAGAAUUUUAUGGAUUAUUUAGAAUGUGUUAUCAGAAAUUCUUUUUCAGAUAAUAACAAUAUUUCCAGAACUGCGGAAUCGACUGCGAAUUUUGAUCUGCCACCAGGAUGUAACGAGCCGAAAAAUGGCAAAGUGCAAGUGUCGAAGGAUGUAAUUGAUGAACAUAUUUCACCUGGAAUGCACACUAAAGGUUACAAUAAUAAGAAGAAAAUUGCAACAGACUUGAAAGAACCUAUCUCUACCAAGGCGGAUGACCAUGCUGUGGCUGGUCCUUCCGGAUUCUGUUCUGGUAAGAAGAAAUUUCCGCAGAUCUUCAUUAAGAAAGAUACUCCUAAAACUAAUUAUCGAACACACACUGACGACAGGCCCUUUAUAUGCGUUAUAUGUAAUAAACAAUUCUCUAAGAAAUCAAAUCGUGACCAACAUUACAAAACGCAUACUGGCGAAACACCUUAUGUUUGUGAUGUAUGCGGAAGAAAAUUUUCCCAGAUAGGAAACCACAACACACAUUAUAGAACCCACACAGGCGAAAGACCUUUCGUGUGCGACUUCUGCAAUAAAGGUUUUGCUCAAAAGAUUCAUCUUAAGAAACAUGUUAGGACUCACACUGGAGAAAAGCCUUUUGUAUGUGAAGUUUGUAAUAAAGCCUUCGCUGAAAAGGGUACUCUUAAAGCACAUGCCCGUACCCAUUCUGGAGAAAAGCCUUACAAGUGUCCAAUUUGUGGAAAAGCUUUCACGACCAGCAGCGGUUGUAAUACGCAUCAGAGGAGCGCGCAUAAGUGA